AUGAUGUUUCCCAAUGAUUAUCCUUACAAUCCUUAUGCCUAUGGCAUCGCGCCGUACCAAGUUGCCCAGAAUCCCAAUCUACGUCAAGGGGAUCAAGACCCCUAUUAUGAGAUGGAUAACCAUUGGGGCGCUGUUCCGGUCAUGGGAAGCACGCCGAACAACUUCAAUCACUCGGUUAUGCUAGGGGGUUACCCCGACCCACGAGGGCUCGGCUGGAAUGGGUUCACCAAUAUGAACAGCUUCCCCCCAUUAAGUGGUGCUUCCUUCCCUCCGAACGGUGUCGACUUUGCUCCUAGCUAUAGCGGGAUUGGGUCAAAUAGUGGUCCUCCAAACAGCGCUGUUCCUAUACCGGAUGUUAUGCUUCCAAACGAUACUUCUCAUUUGAUGCCACCGCGUGGUGAGCCUGCAUGCUUGAUCGGGGCAUCUGAGAAGCAGACGCCUCCACAGGAGAAAAGUAAAACACCAAUAGACCAUAUCUCACCCGCCUCAUCGGACCCAUUGGACGAGACAAGUGUAGGAGCUUCCUCCUGGGACGAAGGCGAGCGUGCACUUGCUAGCUUGUUGGGGGAUAAUACCCCCCUAGGCCUGGUGACCUCUUCGGUAGAACCUGAGGUGCCAGGUUUAGCCGUUUCUUUGAAAAGUCCAGAUAUCCCUUUUAAUAUGAUUGAUAAGCUUUCGAUGGAAGCGACACGGCUCUCAACGAUAGCCGACGGGCUUUCAUCUACUAUGUCUCAACUUUCAGACGUGAUGAGCGAGCUCCCAGCAACAGCCGGCAAGCUCGCAGACACUGCUUCAGACCUUUCACAGACUGUCACACUAAUCUCCUCUAAGGCAGACGGCAUUGCGAGCUUUCCUGAAGAUCCGAGAAUUCAGCAAAUCUUCGAUACGGUUGACAGCCUAGCUGAGACUGUGAGCGAAAUGGUGAAGCGUGAAAGAAUAGUUAUGGAGGCUUUCAGUAGCAGGAACGAGAAACCGGAGCGUUCUAAAGUGCCAUUUCAAUUUCAAAACAAAGCAACCCGAAAGCGAAAAUGA